CACCCCGCAUCCGCCGCGCAGCAUGGACGCCGCCGCCGCCCUCGCCUCGCUCACCGGCCUUGACACCGAGACGGUCACGGCGCAGCUGCUGCCGGCGCUCGAGGCGCACGGCAGCCGCACCGCACUCGUGGCGCACCUCGCCGACCUGCUCGGGCCCGCGCCCGCCGCCAAGCAGUUCGCCGCACGCUAUGCCGAGCAGCGCUUCCCGUCACCGCCGCCGCCGCAGCCUGUGGCCGUAGCGCCCAAGCCGGCCAGCAGCGCGGCGCCCAAGGCGCGCGGCAAGAAGGCCGCCCUGUUCGGCGCUGCCGCCGCGCCGCGCGCCAUCGACGCACGCAGCCUCGCGCCGCCCAGCGGCCAGGCAUACAUCAAGACGCCCGAGCAUGCGCCCGCCGCCAGCAGCAGCCGGCGUACGCAGGUGCAGCAUCACCCGGGCCGCCCGCUCGUCUUCUCGCCGCCGCCCGCCGCACCGGCACGCGCCGCACAGCAGGCGCCGGCCAGCAGCUCGGACGCAGAGGCAGCCGGCAGCAGCUCGCCGGCCGAGCCUGCCCUGCCGCCGCUGCAGCCGACACUCGAGAUGCAGACGCUCGACGCGGCCAUCGCCGCGCUCAAGGCCGAGGCCGAUGGGCCUGCGGGCAAGCGCCGGGUGCGCAGCUGCUUUUGUCAUGCACGUGUGCACCCACCACACCCGCAGGUGCCGCAGUGCACCAGCUGCGGACUCAUUCUCUGUGCCCUCCUGGCACCCUCGCCGCUGCUGCCCGACGCAAGCUGUCCCUCGUGCGCCGCCAUGCUGCUGCAGCCGGGCUCGCGCGCCGCGCUCCUCGACUCCAUCACCGCCACGCGCACGGAGCUCGAGGAGCGGCAGCGGGCCGCGGCGCUGCGUCUGCGCGCCGAGCGCCAGGCCGCAAAGGAGGCGCGCGCUCGCGGCGAGGCGGCGCGAGUCGAGGUGUUCCCGGAGCUGGUGCCGCAGCAGCAGGCGGGCCGGGCGCGCGAGCAGCAGAUGGAGAGCCAGCGCAAGGCGCGCGUGCUGACGCUCGACGCCAAGACGCACAAGCUGCGCGCGCCCAAGCCGAAGAAGAAGACGGCCAAGCCGGCGGCGGCUGCCGAGCCGCAGGCAUCACGGGCGGCUCCUGCGCCUGCGCCUGCACCGGCAGCGGCGCCGGAGGAGAGCGAGGAUGAAGAGGAGGAGGACUACGACGCGCAGGGCCUCGGCAUCGUGCCCGACCCCGACGACGACGGCUUUGCCAUGCACCAGGCCGUUGGUGCGCCCGACGGACUUGUGCGGGCCAGCGAGUUCGGCUGGUGGGGCCAGCCGCUGUCGCUCGGAGACGAGGACGCGGGCCUGGCGUACGUGCCCAAGCAGGACCGCCCGCAGCGCAGCGUGCCGGAGGACGAUGCCGACGCCGAGCCCGAGAAGGGCAAGGGCAAGCAGGCGGAGCGCGCCGUGCCGGGCGCGCAGGUGGCCGAGAAGAAGAGCCGGCGCAGCAAGAAGGCGCCCGCAGAGGGCGGCGCACAGGCGACCUGA